GCUUUGUCUACUUCCGGUAUGGUUGUAAUCGGCCGGAUUAUUGGUAAGAGUGCUGUAUCGAACAAAAUAUUAAAAAAGGGCGUCUAAGAAAAACCACUACCACAUAGAACACCUGAACCUAAAAUAGGCGCUUGUGCAUGAGUGUGCCGAGCAGAAUAUCUUUGUAAACACUGCACAGUCCAGGCAAAAUGUUGUAUUCAUUUUUUGUCGCCCACCUACCUCUAUCUAUCGAAACUGCUGCUGAACAGAUUAGAUAUGCCAUUUAUCUCUGAACCUGGCAAGAGAUAGUACGGAAGGCCGUGUGUUACGGGCGUUCGGGCUUCAAUUGGCAGUAUUCCCUGACCAGGCUCAGUAUUGAUUCUGUGAAAGUGAAACAGUGAGGAUCAUCGAAGGUGGGAUCCGAAAGUACCUACUAUAGUGAAUAUUACUGCACGGAACCAUUUGUAAAGCAAAGCAUUUUUGACUGUAAAACAUGUCGCUAACGGAUAAGGAAUACUAUAAUCUGACUAUCAGUAUUUCCAAAGCGCUCAGCAAUGUGGAAAUGCCCAUCAAGGUGAAGCACGUCCGUGCGGCUAUCAUUGGUACAUUCCACAGCAAUGGUGCGCAUGCAUUUUGGGCCAUUGCCAUCCGGCAACCGAUACAGGACAAUCGGAUAGUGGCGUGGAAGUUCUGCCAUCUGCUGCACAAGAUACUGCGCGAGGGCCACCCGCUAUGCUGUCAGCAUUCCAUGCGGCACCGGGCCAUGCUGCUGGAGGCCGGAAAGCUGUGGGGCCAUCUGAACGAUGGGUAUGGUAUUUGCAUCAAGCACUACACCAAGCUGCUCGUGACGAAGCUCGAGUUUCACGAUCGCAACCCCCGCGUACCGGGCAGCUUAUCGUUGCGCCAGGGCGAUCUGGAAAAGAUUGGCGAGGGAGACAUUAACAUUUAUUUCCAGCUCGCAGUUGAAAUAUUCGACUAUCUGGAUGAUAUCAUUGCGCUGCAAGGCACAAUAUUCAAUUCCAUCACAACGUUCUGCGUCAGUUCGAUGACUUCGGCGGGACAGUGCCGUUUGGCACCGUUGAUUCCUUGCAUUCAAGACUCGAACCCACUGUACGAUAUGCUGGUGCGCGUGAUGUUUAAACUGCACGCCAACUUACCCUCAGAUCUGCUGACUGGGCAUCGCCAGCGCUUCAACACACUGUUCCAUCAGCUGAAAUCGUUCUACGGACAGUCGCGCAAUCUGCAGUAUUUUGUUAACCUGAUCACCGUACCGAAGCUCCCGGAGGCGCCGCCCAACUUCCAGCAGCAAAGCGAUCUGGGCAACUACCAAACACCGGUAGUGGUGAUGCCCGACAGUGAACCCCUGGACAAUGAGCCGGAACCGCCAGCGAUCGACAAUCUGAUCGAUACGGCCGAGGCGACCCCACCGAUACCGGAGCUCCCACGCGAACAACCACCAUCAGAUGGCCGCUCCGGCGCCGGUCGUACCGGUGGCACAAGUAAUGGAACUGGAACGGCUGAUUCGGAGCGGGACAAUAUCAUUCGCCACCUGCAGAUGGAAACGCAAGGAUUGUCCAACCAGCUGAAAGCGGCUACCAGCGAGCAGCGGGACGUGCAGCGUCGACUCGAGGACCAAAUAGCGACACUCAAUGCACAGCUUACGCAUAGCCAAGGCGAACUUACCAAUCUACGGUUUCAGAAGGAAGAGCUGGAACUGCGAGCCCAAACGGCACCAACGCUAGAGCAGCGAGCGCAAGCGGAAGAGGAACGUGCAAAAGCCAGUGAGGAAAAGUUCCAAAAACUAAAAACCAUGUACACGCAGAUACGCGAUGAGCACGUGAACCUACUGCGUCAGAUGAAAAUCGAUCAAUACAAAUUAGCAUGCUAUAAAAAGCAUGGCGAAAUUAGCAAGCAACUAGCCUCGUCCACGAAAAUUGCAGCAGAAGCGAGCAAAGCCAAGGAAGAACUCCAAUGCCAGCUGGAAGAGCUCGAGCAAAAGCAAGCCCUGGUACAGAAUGCACUGCAGCAAAGUUCGAACGACGCACGACAGGAGCAGGAAGCCAUUGGCGAACAGCUUCAAAUCAUGACGCAAAAGUGUGAAUCGCUGCAGAGCCGCUAUGAUGAGAUGGAAGCGUCGCGGCAGGCCGAAAUUGCCGAGCUUCGCAUCAACCUCGAGCGGCUAGAGGGCGAACUGCACACGUUCCAGCAAGAGCGCGAAGCUCUCUCGAACGAAAAGGGAACGCUAGAGGAACGGUUGGCCGAAAUACAGAGCGAAAAGCAGGAGCUUGAUUUGAAGUACCAGGAAUGCAUGGCAAAGAUGCACGAACUUGAGCUAAAGACUGAUCAUUACGCAAAGGAAGAAAUGUCUUUGCAGCAGAGCGUAAACGAAAAUUCACUUAAAGCGCAGGAACUAUCCGAUCAAAUUGAACAAUUGCGGACGGAAAAUGAUACACUCAAACAACAAUACAACGAACUGGAAGCAGCCAAAGCGUUGCAAGCGGAAGAGUUCCAGCGAACACACCAGGAGGAACUGCUUCGGUUCGAUUCACUGCAGACGGAAAUGAACGAUAAGCUGGCCACUAUCGCCUCGGAAAAGGAUUCCAUAGCGGGCGAAAAGGAGCAAACCUGGGAGCAGCUGCUAAUGCUUCAAACGGAAUCCACCCAAAAGCAAGCUGAUUUUGAAUCGCUGGAAAAGGAUUUGAAAUCAGUUCUCGAGCAAAAGGAUCACGAAUUGGAAGAACUUAAUGCAAAGUAUCGGGAGCUGGAAGAAAAAUAUCAGAGUCUAGAUGCAAAUAUGGAACGGUUACUUUCCGAAAAGGAAACAAUUGAAUCUGAUCUGCAAGAUUUACUUCACCAACAGGAGCAAACGGAACACAAACUGCAGGCUGCGCUGUUGAAGGUGGAAGCGCUAGAAACGGCGCUCAUUGACAGCAAAAUUAGUGGAGAGACGGCACUGCGCACCCUGCUGGAGGCGUGCAUUAAGUCGUCGGAAAAGCUGACACUGCGCGCCAUCGGUGAAAACGAAAUGCCCGGAGCUGGCGGAACACCCACCUACUUUUUGAUGAUAGCGGAAGAGCUGCAGGAAGUGCUGACCAAGCUGAAGAUGGUCCAUGAGAACUAUCUGAAGGACAAUUCGACGAACGUAGAAUCGCUGGCACGGAAAGUCAUUAUCGGGGCGCAUCUGCUCGCUUCUGCUCACGUGCAGGGCAUGACUGUAUGCAAUCGCUCGGCAAACAUUGAAAGCGGUGAACGUAUCGCAGAAGAGUUGAAGAAACUGGGUCAAUCGAUCACGACCCUUUUCCACUCACUGCAGAAAACAAGCGAAUCAGGUACGGUAAGUGAUCGUAUAACUGACCUGAAGACAAAACUGGAAGAGGUAACUACCAUGAUCGUCGAUCUGGGCAAGCAAACCGAUGGUACCGAAAAUCUGGGCGACAUGGUGGAGUCCGAGCUGACCACCAUGGACAAAGCGAUCGAAGAAGCUGCAUCGCGCAUACAGGAAAUGCUGUCAAAAUCCCGCGCUUCCGAUUCGGGCAUAAAGCUAGAGGUGAACGAGAAGAUUCUUGAUGCCUGCACGAGUCUCAUGCAAGCGAUCAGAGUGCUAGUGCAGAAAUCUCGUUUGCUGCAAUCGGAAAUUGUUGCCCUCGGCAAAGGAACCGCUUCGGCAAAGGAAUUCUACAAACGAAACCACCAAUGGACGGAGGGACUAAUUUCGGCAGCCAAGAGUGUAGCCCAAGGAGCCAACUUUCUGGUCACGGCGGCAAAUAAAACGGUGGUCGGUGGGGCAAAACAUCAGCUAGAUUUGGUGGUAGCCGCCCAGGAGAUUGCGGCCUGCACGGCACAGCUCGUAGUGGCCAGCCGCGUGAAAGCUCCACGAUCCAGCACCAACCUUACAGCGCUGGGCACCGCCUCCAAGAACGUCACGCAAGCGACCGGGAUUGUUGUUGCCACGGCGAAGGAUUGCAGCCAGCGGUUGGAAGAUUCCCAGGAUCUGGAUCUUGGCACGCUGACGGUACAUCAAGCCAAAACGAAAGAGAUGGAGAUUCAGGUAAAGGUGCUUGAGCUAGAGCAGGCACUGCAAAUGGAGCGAAUGCGCCUGGCCUCAUUCCGCAAGAAGAACUACCAACAACCCGUGGAAGAGUAGUAAACCUAGCACUUGGCGCCACUCCCAUGUUGGGUACGUUCCUCCUAUACACACGCUUUUUUAAAGAAGGUAGUACGGGUCUCAGCGAUCACUUUUUCGAAAAUCACCACACACAUACACAGAGGUUUAAAAUGACCAAUCUGUAGACGACUGUAGCUAUGUUUCAAUCCAAUCCCAAAAAAUCAAAGAAAAUGCUUGGAUUUAAUUUGCUCUCUAGAUGGAGAUGCAUUUCUACCGAUUGUGUCUUAUUUUGGCAAUCAUUUCAAAUCACUUCAGACUGGUAAUAUGCAACAAACUGGAGGGGAAAGCUGUUUGUGUUGAACAAUGUUACACUUAUCAUCCCACGUUAUUAGCCACGCAUAUCACACGUUAGCCAAUGAGAGGGAGGCAUCAUCAUGCAACAUCGACAUUAUGUUAAGAGUGUUUCGUCGCUUCAUUAACCGUUAUUAAUAGGAUAGUGAAUAUAUUAGUAUAGCAUAUUUAACUUUGUUAGAUACCCCCAAAAGCGUAAGAUGCAUCCAGUAACGAAUGAUAAGAAGCUCUGUUAUACUGUAUCUUGUAUUUCUACUUACAACGAAAUUAAUGCAAACAAAUAAACAUGGAUCAAAUAAAAUCGUACCACCGUCUGGUUUCCGUU